AUGGCGUCGUGGCUGGGCGGGCUGGGCUCGGGGCUCGGGCAGUCCCUGGGGCAGGUGGGGGGCAGCCUGUCCUCGCUCACCGGGCAGAUCUCCAGCUUCACCAAGGACAUCCUGCUGGAGGGCGCAGAGGAAGUGGGCGAUGCAGCAACAGAGCUACAUGUGUCCAAUUCCAGACUCAGAGAAAUAGAAAGUAUAAAUGCAGCACAGAAGUCCGAAAAUGAGAGACUGAAAAAAGUUUGUAGUGACUUAGAAGAAAAGCAUGAAGCAGCAGAGCUUCAAAUUAAACAGUUAUCUGUGGAGUACCGAAAUCAGCUGCAACAGAAAGAGGUGGAAAUCAGCCAUCUAAAAGCUCGACAGAAUGCGUUACAGGAGCAGUUGCAGAAAGUUCAGACCGCUGCUCAGUCAGCACAGUUAGGAGGUGGUGUUUCACAGCCAGCCACUACAUCAGCCUCCUUUGUUCCUGUGGUUAGACAUUCCUCAGGUUUCCAAGGUGAUGACAUGGAUUUUGGGGAUAUAAUCUGGUCUCAACAAGAAAUAAACAGGUUGUCCAAUGAAGUUUCUAGACUUGAGUCUGAGGUUGACCACUGGAAGCAGAUUGCACAGUCUUCCAAAGUGCAAGGAACAAAUGAUGCUGAACAAAGUGAAAUAUGCAAACUUCAAAAUAUCAUUAAGGAGCUGAAACAGAAUUUAAGUCGAGAAAUAGACGAACAUCAACAUGAACUUUCAGUGCUGCAAGAUGCACACAGACAAAAGUUAGUAGAGAUAAGUCGUCGACAUCGAGAGGAGCUGAGUGAAUAUGAAGAGCGAAUUGAAGAACUUGAGAAUCAGUUACAGCAAGAUGGUGUAAGCACUGAUGCCAUGGUUGACUCUAAAAUUAGUGAACAGAAAAAGAUUGCUCAGAAUCUAGAAGGAGGGAAAGCAGAAGACUUGCAAAUUAUAAAGGACCUAGAGGAUGAAAUAAGAAAAUUAAAUCAGAAAUUAUCUUCUGCCGAAGAAGAAAACAAAAUACUUCUGAAAGAGCAAGAAUUGCUAAAGGUACAAAAAAUCCAACUAACCCAGGAAUAUGAAAGUCUAAAAUCUGACUUCAGUGUGCUUCAAAGUUCUGUCACAGAGCAAGAUGCUCUCUUGAAAGAACAGAAGUCUCAGUCCAAGACACCGCUACCAGAAGAUGUUGUCAGUCUACAACAAGCACUGUUAGAAGCAGAAAGAGAAAUAGCAAGGCUUUCAAGUUUAAACCAGGCUGACAACCCCGCUUACAUGGCAAAAGAUGUUGAGGCAUUGACGCUAGAUCUCCAAGUUCUUAAAGAAGAAAAUCUUAAACUUAGGAAUGAAAAGGAGGAACUUGAGAAGGAACUGCUAAAUGCACAACAUAAAAAUGAGAGUAUUAUUUCUGCAUGUACUGAGGAUCAGAAUUCAGAAUUAAGACUGUUGAAGCAAGAUUUGGAAAGGAAAGAACAUGAAUUAAAUGAAAGUAUUGCUGAAAGAGACACAUUAAUAGCAGAAUUGGAAGAACUAGACAAGCAGAAUCAAGAAGCUACUCAGCAUAUGAUUACGCUGAAAGAGAAGCUGUCAAGACAACACGUAGAGACUGACAGCAUCACCAAACAGCUGAAAUUGGACAUAGAUAUUGAAAGAAAGAAAGUAGCAAAAUUAGAAAUGGAGAAGAUGGAAACUCUUAAGGAGUUGGAUACUCAGAAAGAAAAACUAAGUCAGUGUUCCUAUGCACUUAAUGAUUUGCAUAUAAGUAAGCAGCAACUUCAAGAUAAUGUUAGAAACCUUCAGGAACAAUUGAAGAAGGCCCAGGACUGUAACUUGCAUAAUAAAAAAGAAAUUAGAGAAUUGCAGCAAAGACUGAAAGAAAGAGAAGAGGAACUUUCUCUAUCCUUGAGCAAAUUAACAGAAAAUAUUAAACAAGAAUCUAGCCACAGUAGUCAAGAUCUGAUUUUGAAAGAAAGAGAAAUAGAAAUUGUAAAACUACAGAAUAAACAACUGGAAAAUAAGCAACUAAAUGAAGACUUAGAGAAAUCUGUCUCUGAUCUCAAAACAGAAAAUGGAAAGCUAACAGCAGCCCUUGAAGAGCUAAAACAGGAGUUAAACGAUAACAUCUCUGAGAAGAAUAAAGUUUGCUUAGAGAAAGACACAGUUGUGGAAGCUUUGAAAUUGGAAAAAAGGAAUUUAGAAACAGAAUUAAACCAGACUGAAAAACGACUGUUUGAACAAGCACAGAAGUAUGAGCAAACUAUUAAGGAACUAUCAAAUGCACGUAGUAUGGAUACCACUGCAUUGCAGCGUGAACAUGAGCGUCUAGUUAAACUCAAUCAGGAGAAAGAUUUUAAGAUUGCGGAACUCAAAAGGAGCAUGGAGCAGAUGGAAGCUGACCAUCAAGAAACAAAAGAGAUGUUGACUACUAGCUUAGGAGGACAAAAGCAGUUGACUGAGCUCUUAAAAGAAAAAGAGGAAUUUAUUGAAAAACUUAAAAAUCAAGCCUCACAGGUGAAGCAAGAACUUGAGGAAUAUAUGGAAGUUUCAAAAAAGCAGGAUGUCUUAAAACAAAAUUUAGAGGAGAAAGACAAAAGUCUUGCUAUCAUGAAGGAAGAAAACAAUCAUUUGAAAGAAGAAAUCGAACGUCUUAAGGAUCAGCAAAGUCGAGCUACACCUGUGGUUGAGCCUAAAACUCUAGAUAUUAUUAUUGAACUUGAAAGUGAGGUGACACAAUUAAAAGUGUUAAAGAAUAAUCUUGAAGAAGAAAUAGAAGUCCACAAAAAAACAAUAGAAGACCAGAAUCAAAAAACAGCGCAGCUUCAGCAGUCCUUGCAGGAGCAAAGAAAAGAAAUAGAUGAGUCUAAAUUUCAGUGUGAACAAAUGAAUGUCACACAUGAAAGACUAUCCUUAGAGAAAGAUGAGGAAAUUAAAAAUUUACAGAAAACAAUUGAGCAGAUUAAAACUCAGUUGCACAAGGAGAGGCAGGUUAUUCAGACUGAUUCCACCGAUCUUUUUCAGGAAACAAAAGUUCAGACACUUAAUGGAGAAAAUGGGAAUGAAAAGCAUGAUUUAUCUAAAGCUGAAAUUGAAAGACUAGUAAAAGGUAUCAAAGAAAGGGAGAUGGAGAUUAAGCUUCUAAAUGAAAAGAAUGUUUCUCUGAGUCAACAAAUCGAUCAGUUGUCUAAAGAUGAAGUUGGUAAACUUACUCGAAUCAUUCAAGAGAAAGACUUAGAAAUACAAGCUCUCAGUGCUAGAGUUUCCUCGGCUUCCUAUCGACAGGAUAUUCUUGGUCUUCAGCAGCAGCUGCAAGCUUAUGUCGUGGAAAGGGAACAAGUACUAGCAGUUCUAAGUGAAAAGACGAGAGAGAACAGUCAAUUGAAAACUGAGUAUCAUAAGAUCAUGGAUAUGGUGGCUGCUAAAGAAGCAGCUUUGGUAAGGUUGCAAGAAGAGAAUCAAAAAUUAUCAAAUAGAUUUGAAAAUAGUAGUCAAGACAUGUUCAGAGAAACUAUUCAAAAUUUAUCCCGUAUAAUUCGAGAAAAAGAUAUUGAAAUAGAUGCUCUAAGUCAAAAAUGCCAAACCUUAUUGACUGUCUUGCAGACAUCCAGUGCGGGUACUGAUAAUGGUUCAGGAGGUGUUAACAAUAACCAGUUUGAGGAACUUUUACAAGAACGUGAUAAAUUAAAACAGCAAGUAAAGAAGAUGGAAGAGUGGAAGCAGCAGGUAAUAACCACAGUUCAGAACAUGCAGCAUGAGUCAGCUCAUCUCCAAGAAGAGCUACAAAAGCUUCAAGCACAGAUUUCAGUUGAAAGUGAUAGUAAUUCAAAAUUGCAGGUAGAUUAUAAUGGCUUGAUUCAGAGUUAUGAACAAAACGAGAAAAAGCUGAGAAGUUUUAGUCAAGAAUUAGCACAAGUUCAGCACACCAUAGGACAGCUUCAUAACACCAAAGAUCUUCUCCUGGGUAAACUUGAUUUGGUAACACCAUCUGCAACAAUGGCUUCUCUCAUUUCACAACCUGCAGUCAUGCAAAGCAGUGCUCCUGAAGUACUCAGUGAGGAAUCUAAACUCCUUCAAAAGGAACUGGAACAACUGAAAAAAAAGCUGCAAGAAAAGGAUUCAACUAUUAGGACUCUUCAGGAAAACAAUCAGCGAUUAUCUGAUUCUGUGGCUACAGCAUCAGAGUUUGAAAGAAGGAGUCAAGAAGAGACUGAUUCAGAGAUGAGGCAGAUCAGAGAAAAACAUGAUGUCUUACAGAAAUCUCUUAGAGAAAAAGACAUACUGAUUAAAUCUAAAAGCGAUCAGUUACUUUCUGUGAGUGAAAAUCUCAGUAACAAAGAAAAUGAAAAUGAGCUUUUAAAACAAGCUGUGACUAAUCUCAAAGAAAGGAAUUUAAUAUUAGAAAUGGAUAUUCGAAAACUGAAAGAAGAAAAUGAAAAGAUAGUUGCAAGGAGUAGAGAAAAAGAAACAGAAUUCCGAGCGCUUCAGGAAACUAAUAUGCAGUUUUCAAUGAUGCUGAAAGAGAAAGAGUUUGAGUCCCAUUCAAUGAAGGAGAAAGCUUUAGCUUUUGAGAAGCUAUUGAAAGAGAAAGAACAGGGCAAAACAGGGGAACUGAAUCAACUGCUGAAUGAGGUUAAAUCGAUGCAGGAAAAGGCUGUUACUUUUCAGCAAGAGAGAGACCAAGUUAUGGUAGCACUCAAACAGAAGCAAAUGGAGAGCAGUGCCCUACAGAGUGAGAUACAGCAUUUGCGUGAGAAGGAGCAGCGCCUAAAUCAGGAACUGGAGAGGCUGCGUAACCACCUUAUAGAAAUGGAGGACUCCUAUACACGAGAAGCCUUAGCUGCAGAAGACAGAGAGGCCAAACUAAGAAAAAAAGUUUCAGUUUUGGAAGAAAAGCUUGUGUCUUCAUCCACUGCAGUGGAGAACGCCAGUCAUCAGGCUAAUCUGCAGGUUGAAUCCUUGCAAGAGCAAUUAAACCUGGUUUCCAAGCAGAGAGAUGAAACAGUAAUACAGCUCGCCAUCUCACAGGACCAAGUGAAACAGUAUGCAUUGUCACUGGCCAACCUGCAGAUGGUACUAGAGCAAUUCCAACAGGAAGAAAAAGCCAUGUAUUCAGCAGAGCUGGAAAAGCACCAAAAAGAGACUGCAGAAUGGAAAAAAAAAGCUGAAAGUUUAGAAGGAAAAGUUGUAUCACUACAGGAAAAUUUAGAAGAGGCAAAUGCUGCGCUGGAUGCAGCAUCAAGGCUUACUGAGCAACUUGAUGUUAAAGAGGAGCAGAUUGAAGAGCUUAAAAAAGAAGGUGAGAUCAGAAGAGAAAUGUUAGAAGAUGUACAAAACAAGCUAAUGAAUCUCAUCAACAGCACAGAAGGAAAAGUGGACAAGCUCCUGAUGAGGAAUCUCUUCAUUGGACAUUUUCAUACUCCAAAAAAUAAACGUAAUGAAGUGUUAAGGUUAAUGGGAAGUAUCUUGGGUAUGAAAAAGGAGGAACUUGAUCAGUUACUCACUGAAGAGCAGAGAGGAGUUACAAGAUGGGUGACUGGAUGGCUUGGUGGAGGAACAGGAUCAAAGAGCGUCCCGAGCACACCUUUACGACCAACUCACCAGACUGGUUUUAAUAGUUCUUUUUCAGAACUGUUUGUGAAAUUCCUUGAAACAGAGUCUUGCCCAAGUCUUCCUCCACCCAAGCUUUCUGUUCACGAUAUGAAACCAUUAGGAGCAGCGGGAACUGGUAAAACUAGCAGUACUCCAAGCAGCAGUCAAUUAUCAGAUUCUGGAGUCUUGGGAAUGAGCAGAAGACCAGAUACAAACCCAUUUAUAGCACCUCGAUCUGCAGCAGUGCCUCUCAUAACACCUGCUUCUAGUUCAGGACAUCUGCUUAUGAAACCUAUUUCAGAUGCUUUGCCUACUUUUACACCACUGCCAGUGUCCCCUGAUGCCAGCGCUGGUGCUGUACUAAAAGACCUCCUAAAACAGUAGAUGACCCUGAACCAGUAUGAUAUUGAUAGCACUUUAAGUAAAACAAGAACACUAUGCUAUAAAUAAUUUACCACAGUGAGGCCUUCUGUAUAAAGUUGUAUACUUGUUUGCAAUUGUAUCUUGUUUUUCUUUCAGUUACAAACUAAUGUAAAUUUAAAUGAUUGCAUGCACAGUUGCCUUCUUUGUAGCGAGUAUUCAUUUGGGACAGAGGUUAGAUUUUGUUGCUGAAUUGUCACAAGACAGUUUGAAGGACGUCUAAACACUAGUUUUACUCUUGAGUCCUUUCAGUUAUGCAUAUACAACAUUAAUUCUUUGGUGUUGAGGUCCUUUUCCUCGUGAAAAUGAUCUGCCAGUGGCAGCAGAGCUUCGAGAAUCAAAAUGUAAAAAUAAAUGAAUAGAAACACCUCGCCAAAAUUGAACUUAUUUGAGGUGUUGAAUUAAUGAUAUAAACUCCAAAGAAUGAAAAAUUGAGUAAGCGGGAGCGUGAUUAUUGAGUAGCUGUACUUUUCCCCACAGGGAAUUCAUUAUGCUUAGUUUUAUUAAGAUAUGUAUCUCUUUAUUUACAGGGUUAUUAGUUUUGGGGAGCAAUUUGGGGUGUAUUAAUCUCUUUUGCACACGGAUUUGAUCCUUUUUUCCCCACCUAAUAACUGCUUUCAGCAGUCAAACCCAUCAGCACCAAGGAGUUAACUGUGGGAGUGCUCCAUUUUUUAGAGGUGCUCAUGUGAUGAAGAGUGAUAACUGAGCAAAAAAAUAAGUUCGUGUAUGUAAAGACGCUGUAUUGUAAUGGUCUAAGAUGUAUAUUUGACAGACUUUUUAUCUUGCUGUAUUUUGUAGAUUCAAAUAUAGGCUUAAAGCUUUAACAUAUGUACAGAAUUUAAAGGGAAGAACAUGCUUACUUAUCCCAAAUAUGUAAAUAGGUCUUUGUAAGACCGAGGCCAAAGUCAAUUUUUUCUGUAAAUUUUGCUGUGAUAAUUCGUACGCAUUGUUGGCAAGUAAGAAAUGGUGUUGCAUAAUAAAGGGAGAAAUUCAUCUUGUAGCAACAGCUAAUCAAGGUAAAACAUCUUCACUUUAAAGUGUGUAAUUUCUAAAGCUUUUUAUAUCCCGUUGUUUGUUUAGUCAGUGUUGAAAGAUAACUGUUGUGCAGGUUCUAUAUUAGAACUGUCAACCUUCUCAUUUUCAUUAAGAUCCUGGAUUAAAUUGUUGUAAGAGUUAUAUUUAAAUAAAAUUAAUCAGAAAUGUGUACAGAAUCAACCAAAAUAAUGCAAGAACUCUUUGCAUUUAUUUAUGUAGAGGUCAAGUAGUGAAUUUCUCUUGUUGCCUUGAAAUCUAGCAAAGUUUAUUUUAAUAACUGUAUUUACCUUGAGAACUUGAGUCCCUUUUCUCCAUUGACCACAUUGGGUUUUUAUUCUACAUUUUUUACUCCCUUAGUAGACAAGGUCUAUUGGCUGUCUGACUUCGGACAGAAUGGCAGCCACGGAUGUUGUACCAAAAUAAAUUCUGCAUUAUGUAAGAAAUGAAAUGAGAAUUUAAAAUUAUCUCUUCUGGAAACAUUUCAGUUUGGUACCUCAAAUGUACAUCUUUAUUUAAACUACUGAACUGGAAUAGGUAAUUUUUUUUUUCUAUAACAAAUAUAAAGAAAACUGAUACUGGGUGUCUUAUAUGCAGUCCUCCUUGUUCUUGUAAUCAUGUUCAUUUGAAGAUGCACAACUGCUCCAUAAUAAAAUUGCCUUUGGGUGAGUCAGAGCACAAAUAAAUGUUUGUAAGAUCGUGUAUGUUACAUAUUACAAAUGGAAUAUAUAACCUAAGCAGAUCUUUAGCAUAAUUUUCUUUGUUCGAUGAUAGAGAAGUUAACAUCUCUGUUUCUCUUCCAGGAGACUUUAUAAAUGCCAAUAAAGCAUGGUGACACCAUUUGUUUCAGGA